AUGCAAAGUAUGUGCCGGUGCCUCCUCCCGCCUCGGCACCUCGACCUCCUCACGCCACGGUUCCCCUCGCUCGCCUUCCAUCAUCCACGUCGUCCAGCGCUCGGAUCUGCCACCCACCCCGAGACGGGCUCGCCCGUCGCGCCCGCCGCCCGCAUCAUCACGGUCCACGAUGCACGGAUCCGGGCCCGCGCCCGCGCAGCGGCGCUGGAGAUCCCCGCGCGCCGCGUCCCCCCGUCGCGUCGACGCCCUGCACCGCUCCGCGCGGACACUCAAGCACGGUUCAAGCACUCAAUCAUGACACGGCCCCCUUGCUAUGCUGCGACCGACUACACACGACACCUGUGGGUCAUCGAAGAGGCCGCCGUGCCGCGCGUCGGCUACAUUCGCCUGCCAGGGGCUCAGACUGACAAGCAGCUCGGCACCGCGCGCGAUUGUCGCGACCCACAUCCCAAUUCUGUCACCGACGCCGGGCUCACGCCCUGCGCGACGUUCGACCGUUCACACAAACCUUUGAACGACUCCGUCGUCGGUCUAUCUAUCGGAACCGGUCCCGAUGCUGGCCAUGGAUCAGGAGCGUUAGAUACGGACGUUGAGCUCGCACCCUGCACCUGGUACCGUGUCUCAACGCCCCUUUGGCCGCCGUGCCCGACGCCCUCAGGCGUCUCGCGCAUCUGCAUCAUGGGCGCCGCUCGAUCUCACUUCAGAGUCUCCGAGUCGGACGCGGUCGGACGCUCCCGCACGGUGCUUGUGUAUCCCGCCUCUGGGCGGCGCACGGAAACUGGCGCAUCGGGACAAGGCAGCGCAGCGUCGGCUCCUCUACGCGCGGGAGGAUCUUCUGAUGUCCAGAACCUGCUGACAGAACGCGGGCUGCCGGGUAGACUCAAGACGAUGCUCUCCGCGCUGAGGUAG